UGAUGCUGCCUCACUCCAGUGCAAGUCAAUAAAACUUUGUGCACUGACACACACAACUUCCAGCACCCGCCAGCGGGGCCAAAAUGAGGAUUAGCAAAGCUGCCUUUCUCUUUCUGUUCUUGCUCAGCUCAGUGAAAGGAGAUAUACUCGGUGACUAUAUAAGAACAGAUGGUGUUUGGAUACUAACUCGAAAUAAACAGUCCUACAAGACAAAUAACGAAAAAGAAUGUGCAGAGAAAUGUGAAGCAGAAAGAAAUUUUAAUUGCAGGGCUUUCCUAUUCACCAGGAAAAAGCUACAGUGUUUAACACUGGCUGAAAAUGCUAAAAUGUCGGUGAUGUUCGCCAGUAUGGAUGCAGUUCUUUAUGAAAAGAGAAUUUACCUUCUAGAAUGUAAAAGAGGGACUGGGAAGGACUACAGAGGAACAGAAGCCAAGACUUGGAGGGGUAUUCCAUGCCAGAAGUGGGCAGAAAAAAUACCCCACAAACCAAACUAUACACCUCAAAAACACCCUAAUGCAGGCCUGGAGGAAAACUACUGCAGAAAUCCUGAUGGGGAUGAAAAUGGACCCUGGUGUUACACAACAGAUCCUGCUACCAGAUACGAUUACUGUAAUAUCCCAGAGUGUGAGGACCAGAUCACACACACCGGAGAAGGACCUACAGCGGAAUGCAUGCAGUGUAAUGGUGAGGACUACCAUGGAGAAGUGUCAAGAACAGAGUCUGGGCUUCAGUGCCAACACUGGGAUGCCCAAGAGCCUCAUAUGCAUGGAUUUACCCUGAAACACUAUCCAGAGAAGGACCUGAAGAUGAAUUAUUGCCGUAAUCCUGAUGGUGAACUUCGGCCCUGGUGUUUCACUACCAGUCCAACUAAACGCUGGGAAUAUUGCAAAAUUCCUCGUUGCACUACACACCCACCAGUCUCUGGCCCAGGCUCCCAGUGUCUUUCAGGGAAAGGAGAAGACUAUCGAGGAAGCAUAGCCAUCACUGAAUCAGGAAAUGUGUGUCAACGCUGGAACACACAGUUACCUCACAAACAUGGCUGGAUUCCUGACAGAUAUCCCUGCAAGGGCUUAGAGGAAAACUACUGUAGAAACCCUGAUGGAGAGAAGAGACCUUGGUGCUACACCAUCAACAGCAGCGUUAGAUGGGAAUAUUGCACAAUUCCUCCCUGUGAUGGGAGAGAACAAGAGAGUGCUGAUGUGCCUAUACAGGUUCCCCUGACAGUGGAGUGCUACCGAGGCAAAGGCCAGAGUUAUCGUGGCACAACUUCUAUCACUGCAUCAGGAAAAAAAUGCCAGGCCUGGAACUCCAUGUUCCCACACAGGCAUGAAAAAACCCCGGACAAAUUCCCAGAUGCGGAUUUGAGGGACAACUAUUGUAGAAAUCCAGAUGGUGACAACAGCCCAUGGUGUUUCACCACUGACCCCAACACCUUAUGGGAGUACUGCAAUCUCAAGAAGUGUGAUGAUCAUACACAAGAGCUCAUACCAAAUGAUUCCCCCGCAACGAUGGCGCAAGAUAUUAGCCCGACGGCACGCACCACACCUGGACAGGGACUGGGACAAGAACUGGAGACGACAGAAUCUCUCUCCACCCAGUUGCCAAGCAACAGAUGAUCGCUAUUAUGCAAGAAGCAUCAUUUUGGCUCCUGAAAGCUUCACUCCCCCCCCCCCCCCAGACAGGGGAAAAGAACAAGAAAAUCCACCGUCCCCAGCUGCGAGAGACUGAUAGUCCUGCGAAGGGCUUUCUACUAACAGAGCUUCUAUUAAUAGAUAUAAAUGUAUUUAAGAAUUUAACAACUUUAACAAUUUCUUAAAUGGUUAAUUAACAAGGUUGGAGAUGCUUAGGAACUUUUAAAACACGUUAUUUGAACUAAAUUGUCACAACAACUGCUUCUAUUCAGGUGUCCUUGAGGGUUUAACAACCUGACAAGCUCAACAAUUUAACCAAAGUUUUGGGGAAACUGAUGAAAGAGUAAGAAAAAACCUUAAAGUUUCAAUGUUCUUGCCAGAGGUCCUGACACAGCAAGACACAAAGUUAAAUUAAUUUUGCAUGCUUCUCGGGAGGCUCACAGCAAAGCGCUGUAGCGUUGAGUUGUGCACAGACUCACGUGAGCUAUUUGCAGCUCAGCUUCGCUCUGUCUCUGCGCAAAGGGUGUGAGCUGUCCUCUCGGCCCCGGUUUUUGUUACUUGUUUUCCACCGUAGACGACAGAAUUGCCCCCCCCACAGGGGGUCUCUUGUCAGCGCCGGCUGGGGGCUGCUGGCUCCCUCUCUGCUCACGGCAGACCGUGUAGGGCUCUGCCGUUUGUUGCAGUUCGCGCUGUCUCGGCUUGCCAUGGUUUUAACACUUUGUUAUGGAAGGGGAGGUAGUUUUUACCCUGGUUUCUGGUGUCUCCGGUCCCGUCCCGACUCCGGCGGAACUGCUCCCCGCCGCGCCGCUGUGUAGGGGGGUUUUGUAGCGAGGCAAGACGCUCGCCGCCCAUCCCCACCCCUCGCCGGGGCUCCGCGGCUGCGACAUCGCUGCCACUUGUAUUUCGGUGCGGCCUCCGCCCCCCUGGCUCCCGCACAGCCGGAGCCGCUGCUUUUGCCGCGGCUCUGGGGCUUUUGUGCCGGGCCAGGGCUGAGCGGGAGGUGUUCGCCCGUGGGUCCCGCGCCUCUGCGCCACGGCAUGGCAGGGACUCGGCACAGCUGCGGGCACGGUCUCGGCAGUCUGUGUGUUUUCUAACUGCCUGGGGAAAAAAAAGAGGUAAAACAUAUUCGGAGCAGUUGGAAACUUAGGAAAGUUUUCAAAUACUAUUUCAAAAUAUGUGCAGUUAUGGGAGCUGAAAAACACAUUUUAGUUAAGACUUAACUAAAUCAGAAGUUACCAGGCAACAUUAUUCUUUUUAUUUCUUUCUCUCAGAGCUUGCCUUUUUCCCUUCUCAUUGCUUACAUAAACUGAAUUCACUAAACAAGAGAAAAGAGAAAGAAUAAUUAGACAUAAGACUUUGCCACCUUUUAUCUCUAUCUAGUUUAGUCUUUCUUCUGCUUCCAUAUACACUGUAUUUGCACAAAUAAGGACUAUACUCAAAUAAUACCCUUGCCUUUAAUUUUGAUCUUCAGAUACACAUUUUUUUAAACAUCUGAAUUAAGCUUGCACUUGCCUUCAUGUAGUCUAAACAUUACUGUCUGCAUAGACUUCUACAGGGAUCUGCAUUCACUUCAGACUGAUAGGAUUUUACUGGCGGACUUGGCAAUACUGGGUUAACAGUUGGAUUCAAUGAUCUAAGAGGUCUUUUCCAACAUAAACUAUUCUAAGAUUCUAUGAUACAUGGGCAAGUCUGAAGACUAAGCCCAAGUCCAAGCACUAGCCUUAAGACCUUGUAGUAUAGAUAAGAUGCCAUCCCAGGAACUGUGAAGCCUUUAAGUCAGAGCUUGCUCAGAUCCAGCCAUCUUUGGGGCACAGGCAAAAUGAGUUCAAGCUAAAGGUUUUCAAUGUCAGUAAAACCCUUACCUAAAUUUUUUUCAUAGCCUAGCAUUAAAAAUCAAGCAUGUGGUCUCCUGGUGCCCAGCUCUCACUCUACCUACGCUGAUGGUUGAGUAUACCCGGGUCUCUUUGAUCUGCUUUUACUGCAGCAGGAGGCAGUUCCUCAUCCCUGCAGCUUCCAGCAGUGAUGCUGGCAUCUGUCCUCAUUCAGUCCCAGCUCCCACAGGCACAUUUUUGGCCUUGCUGAGCUAUAUGCAAGGGGUGCCCUUUCCACCCCAUUUGCCAGACACCACUUUUUAAUAAUCCACCUGUAAGUCAAUGCACUUCUUCGUGUGUGCAUUCAUAAAAUUAAAAAAA